AUGUCAAGCAGUCGGCUACGCAACGCCGAUCGCAACGCCAAUGAGGAGCAGCUGGGCGCCAAGCCCAAAACAAAGACUGACAACAAUAUGCAGCAGUCAACAACAGUCGGCGCAUUGUCAGCCAACUACAUGGAGCUGGAGUUUAGCCAAGUUGAGGCCACAGGCUUUAGCGAGCUGCCUGUAAGCUAUGCCACCAGCACAGUGGUGCCUUUGGUUUAUCGCGAACAGGGACCGCCCACACCGCCGCCGCUGUCGCAGAUACCUUCGAGGGAGUCGCGGCUGCUGCACUCGGCACCGAAUACGCCCAGUCGCGGCAAAGUGGUGUUGAGCAAAAAGGAGCGCAAGGAGCUGAGCAAGCAGCUGGGCCUCGAGGAGUUUGGCAUCGGCAGCAGCAGCUCAGUGCAGUCAAGUCCCUACAAAGGACGUGUCAGUGAGCUAAAGAACUGCAUAGCGCGUGGACUCUUUGCCACGCUGCAUCGUGGCUCACAAAAGGUUGCCACCUCGCAUAUGGACAACUAUUGUCUGUUUGAUCCUGUGGAUUUCAUCAAUGAAAAGGCUUUGCGUUAUCCGAACAACGCCAAGCACGGACUGCGUGAUCCUUUGUUCAGCUCACGGCAGCAUUUGGUGUGCGAGGAUGAGGAGGAGCUGGUGCCAGAGGUUAUCUACGAUGGCGAUGAGCUGGAGGAAACAAUUAUCAUCGAAACCUCAGCCGAAGCAGAGCUCGAAACUGAAGCCAGCGCUUGUGCUUUACCCCAGUACGAACAUCAUAAUUACUUUAUCAUAGAUCCGGAUGAUUUUGAAAUGGAAGCAGCGCCACCUAUGCUAGACAUAGGCAUACCCAAUCCCUAUACCAAUGAGCAACUAGUCAAUGCCAAGCUGGAGCAGCAGAAUCUACAAAGCGACAUGUCCAACAGUCAAGAGUCCAAAGAUACGGAAACCACCUCCACAGCUUUAGUUGAAUCCUCCACCUCAACCAACUCGGCCAGCUCCAGUGGCAGCUCCAGCACUACACAGCAAAAAAAGAAGCUAACCUUUCUCAAUCUGUCGCCCUUUCGUACGACUAACAAGAAAUCUACGCAGAAAUCAAAUACGGAACAACGCGCUAUCUCCGAGUUAGUUACCUCGGAUCACAUGUUGCACUUGCAACAAUUGUUGCAACAACAGCGCAAGGAUCAACGCGCUCAUACUGUGCCCAUCGAAUCGAAUUAUGUGCUGUUUAAUCCUGGCCCCGUGCCGAGUCGCCAUGUGCAGUACAAAAUACGCAAGCCACGCCCACUUUCAACGCACAGCGAUGCGGAUAGUGGAUUUCUAUCGCCCUGCUCACCAGACGAACUGAAGGCCAAUCCGGCUAUACUAGUGCUGCAGCAAUGCGAUAGUGUUCAAGGUUAUAUUGAGGUGAGUUUGGAUUAA